AUGCCUGCGCCUUCCGAGCAGUUGGUAGUUCCGGCACCCAAGGAUCAACCACACCAAAUGAAAAAGAUUUACUCCGAUUGUCGCCAUCGGAUUAAUGACCGGGAAGCCAAAAGACAGAGAUCUCUGAUCAGGAUCAAUGCUCACCUAAGGGACUCGCGGAUGAGGGUUCUGGGGAACAAAUCAUCCAUUCGGAAACUUCGGGGCUUAGAAUCUAUCGCUGAAUCAGACUAUGAGUAUGUCCUUUCCAAAACCAAAGAAUCUACCUACCGUUCGGCAACGCCCACGAGGUACUCGGAGGCCAGAUCGAAAGUCCAGAAGAUGGGAAACGAUCGAGUUCGCUCUCAAGAACCGUAA